CAAAAUAUACCCGACAAAAAAGUAUACCCAGAGAAUUAUGGAGAAGAGAGUUCCUACACAGGUUUAUGGGAUGCCACACGAUGAGCUGAUCACCUACACAACUCGCAUCUAUGGACUGGGAUUUAUGUUCGCAUUGAUUGGCCUCGUCCAAUGGAUAGUCAUCGCAGCAUUCGAUUUUCACGUGGAAAAGCUAACCACAGAUCGCUAUGGCUGGUGGCUGGCGUGCACCUUCUUUGCCAUUGCCACGCUCGCAUGGACCGAAUUUGGACGAAAGUUUCCCAUCAAUAUAGCCAUAAUAGUCAGCAUUGUGGAGACAUCGACGUGGUACAUAGCCUUUGAGCAGUCAUUCACUCAGAAUCAUUUGGCUGACUUCUAUGCUCUGGUGAUUGUUGUGUCCAUCAUGUUCUGCUCCAUCUUUUGGGGAGCCUACUUUCCCAUGUACAUUGUACCGGGCGACCUGGUGCUCAGCGUCCUUGUGGCCACGGCCAACAUAAUGUUGUUCAUAUUCUUUUUCAAUGCCUACAUCACGGGUGCCGCGGCCAUUGAGGUUGCCGUACGGAAUUUCUUUGCAAUUUUUGCCAUUUCGAUGGUUAUUUAUACGGCCACCAUAGUGCACGAUCGCCAGUUCAAUGUGCCGAAGCACGAGUAUCUCUUCCUGAGUGUCAUCAUCUUUUUCUGCUACAUGAUACUCCAAGAGCGUGUCCUGGCCCUGUCAUAUCAGUAUUCCAACAAUAUCGAAUGUACCUUCAUGAUUAAUGAAACUUAA